ACGCGCGGAGUGGGGUGGGGCAGGCUAAGCGAGCGCUGGCGUGUGGAAGAGGGAGUCCGGCAGCCGCGAUUGCUCCUGGACCCCGCCCCGAUCAGGCUUCUCCGCCCUGCCGAGCGCUCAGAGCAAGAGGAUGCGUGAGCGCCUCCUCGAGGAGCAGCAGGCGGCGCUACUCGGUCAGGUUAUAAAGCAGCUAAAUGGAGUCUGAGCAGCUGUUCCGUAGGGGCUACUAUCGAAAUAGUUACAACAGCAUAACCAGUGCAAGCAGCGAUGAGGAACUUUUAGAUGGAGCAGGUGUCAUUAUGGACUUUCAGACUUCUGAAGAUGACAAUUUGUUAGAUGGUGAUGCAUCAGUUGGAACUCAUUAUACAAUGACAAAUGGAGGAAGCAUUAAUAGUUCAACACACUUACUGGACCUCUUGGAUGAACCCAUUCCUGGAGUUGGAACAUACGAUGACUUCCACACCAUUGACUGGGUGCGAGAGAAGUGCAAAGACAGAGAAAGGCACAGACGGAUUAACAGCAAGAAGAAAGAAUCAGCCUGGGAGAUGGCAAAAAGUUUGUAUGAUGCAUGGUCAGGAUGGCUAGUAGUCACACUAACUGGUUUGGCAUCAGGGGCAUUGGCAGGGUUGAUAGACAUUGCUGCUGAUUGGAUGACUGACUUAAAGGAAGGCAUUUGCCUUGAUGCUUUGUGGUUUAACCAUGAACAGUGUUGUUGGGGAUCAAAUAAGACAACAUUUGAAGAGAGAGACAAAUGUCCACAGUGGAAAACAUGGGCGGAACUAAUAAUUGGUCAAGCAGAAGGUCCAGGUUCAUACAUUAUGAACUACAUCAUGUACAUUUUCUGGGCCUUGAGCUUUGCCUUCCUAGCAGUUUCUCUGGUGAAAGUGUUUGCUCCCUAUGCCUGCGGCUCUGGGAUUCCAGAGAUUAAAACUAUUUUGAGCGGCUUCAUCAUCCGAGGUUACUUGGGCAAAUGGACCUUGAUGAUAAAAACCAUCACGUUAGUCUUGGCUGUAGCAUCAGGUUUGAGUUUAGGAAAGGAGGGUCCUCUGGUACAUGUUGCCUGUUGCUGUGGGAAUAUUUUUUCCUACCUCUUUCCAAAGUACAGUACAAAUGAAGCUAAGAAAAGGGAGGUGUUAUCAGCUGCUUCAGCAGCAGGAGUAUCAGUAGCCUUUGGUGCCCCAAUUGGUGGCGUCCUUUUUAGUUUGGAAGAGGUCAGUUAUUAUUUCCCACUGAAAACUUUAUGGAGGUCCUUUUUUGCUGCUUUAGUGGCUGCAUUCGUUUUGAGGUCCAUCAAUCCUUUUGGCAACAGCCGUCUUGUCCUUUUUUAUGUGGAAUACCACACCCCUUGGUACCUUUUUGAACUGUUUCCGUUCAUUCUUCUGGGAGUGUUUGGUGGGCUGUGGGGAGCAUUUUUCAUCCGUGCAAACAUCGCCUGGUGUCGCCGACGCAAAUCAACAAAAUUUGGGAAAUAUCCUGUCCUGGAGGUCAUCAUUGUUGCAGCAGUAACAGCUGUUAUUGCCUUUCCUAAUCCAUACACAAGGCUCAACACCAGUGAGCUUAUUAAACAGCUCUUCACAGACUGUGGGCCGUUAGAAUCUUCCUCUCUAUGUGACUACAGAAAUGACAUGAAUGCCAGUAAGAUAGUAGAUAUUCCUGAUCGCCCAGCAGGCACUGGAGUUUAUUCAGCUAUAUGGCAGCUGUGUUUAGCACUUAUAUUUAAAAUAAUUAUGACAGUCUUCACCUUUGGUAUCAAGGUUCCAUCAGGUUUGUUCAUACCUAGUAUGGCAAUUGGAGCAAUAGCAGGAAGGAUUGUGGGAAUUGCAGUGGAGCAGUUGGCCUAUUAUCACCAUGACUGGUUUAUCUUCAAGGAGUGGUGUGAAGUUGGAGCUGACUGUAUCACACCGGGCCUAUAUGCCAUGGUUGGUGCUGCUGCAUGCUUAGGUGGUGUGACAAGGAUGACUGUCUCCCUAGUGGUCAUUGUAUUUGAGCUCACAGGUGGGCUGGAGUACAUUGUACCUCUCAUGGCUGCAGUAAUGACCAGUAAGUGGGUGGGUGACGCCUUUGGUAGGGAAGGCAUCUAUGAAGCACACAUCCGACUGAAUGGCUAUCCUUUCUUGGAUGCUAAAGAAGAAUUCACUCACACAACACUGGCUGCUGACGUUAUGAGACCUCGAAGAAGUGAUCCACCCUUAGCAGUACUGACACAGGACAACAUGACAGUGGAAGAUAUAGAAAACCUGAUCAAUGAAACCAGCUAUAAUGGUUUCCCUGUUAUAAUGUCAAAAGAGUCUCAGAGACUAGUGGGAUUUGCUUUAAGAAGAGACUUAACUAUUGCAAUAGAAAGUGCUAGAAAGAAGCAGGAAGGUAUUGUUGGCAGUUCCAGAGUCUGUUUUGCCCAGCAUACUCCAUCACUUCCAGCAGAAAGUCCUCGGCCGUUGAAACUUAGAAGCAUUCUUGAUAUGAGCCCUUUCACCGUGACAGAUCACACACCAAUGGAGAUAGUGGUGGAUAUUUUCCGCAAGCUGGGUCUGAGGCAAUGCCUUGUAACACACAAUGGGAUUGUCUUGGGGAUCAUCACAAAGAAGAACAUAUUAGAGCACCUCGAGCAACUAAAGCAGCACGUCGAACCCUUGACGCCUCCUUGGCAUUAUAACAAAAAAAGAUAUCCUCCGUCAUAUGGCCCAGACGGCAAACCAAGACCCCGCGUCAAUAAUGUUCAACUGAACCCCAUAGCUGAGGAGAGAGAGGAAACUGAAGAGGAGGUUCAUUUGUUGAACAGUACAACGCUUUAGCCUGAGGGAUUCUUCUGUGGUUGGAAAUGAGAGCUGGAUUUUUGCAUAACAGUGCUGUUGGCAUUCAAGAGUUGGUCUGGGGGAAUGUGGAGAGAAGGAAGAGUGAUGUUCCUCAGUGUAACACGGGAAGAGUGAACCUCUGCUAUCCUGCACUGGAUGCGUUCCAUGAUGACAGAUCUGCCAUGAUGGUGCAGUGCGAAAGCUGGAUCAGAAGACAGAAUUCUCCAAUCCCUAGCCUAGUAUUGAAGAGAUGCAUUGUUAGUCCCUGUUUCCAGAGGGAUCACUUGAAUUGAGCCAUCUUUUGAAGACUGCAAGGUCUUGCCUUUUUUACCAUUGAAAACUGUUGUGUUAACUCAUGAAAUAUAUAGUUAUUACACAUCAUCUUUCUACAUUCCAGAAGAGCUUUUAUUUCUCUCUCCCUCUCUCUCUCCUGAGGCGUAACAAAGCCUCUUUAUAAUUGGUGUGCCCUUUGGAAGCAGUAGUUUCUCAUAUUGAGAUGUACUGUGACUUACCAAGGUUUGAUCACAAGAAGGGAGGUUUUUUGUGCCAUUAAACAUGUAGUUUGUACAUCAUGAAAUGCUUGGGGCAGUAUGGAUCUGCUUCAGCAAAAGCAGAUUGAACAGGUAAUACCUUGUGUGAAUUUUGCACCCUAGGUGCUGCGAUUUCAGAAAAAUUAAAAAUAGAUGAAACUCAAGUUUCUAGGAGAAAUUUUUGCUGCAGAAUAUAUCAAUAAUGUGACCUGGUCUUAUGCAAUUUUUGUAUUAUUGAAAACACUGACAUAUACCAAUGUUGUGCAGAAUAAGGAAAAAGUACUGCUACUCUGAUAACUAAGAACAGGAACAAUUCUGUACUAUCCGAUGGUAAUUGCAUGCAGAAACACUGGACAUAUUUUUUACAUUACAUUAAAAUCAGUCAUCUUUAGUUUUCUUUUUCCACAAAAAGAUGUUCCACUGCUGACACUGAAGAAAGAAAUGUAAUUCAUAACUUGCACUAAAUGUAUAUUUUUUUCUUAAAAUUUUACCAUUCUUUAUUUAUAUUUUUAUGGAUUAAAAUAUAUUAAAUACAAAUCAGUUAAUAUCUUACUUAACUAAUUCUACCUUUCCAUUGAUUUUUAUAGAGUAAUUCAAAAUCCUCUACACAUAAUGGAGGGUUGGGAAGAAGUUUACAACUUGAUGAAGGGUUUAAAAAAGUAGUGAUUUCUUUAUGAUCCAACACGUGCAUAAUAGCAUUUUCAAGCCUCCCUUUCACUGCCAUAACCUUGAGGUGUCCAUUUGUUUAUUAUUACAAAACAGAAUAAAACUACAAAUACUCUUUUUAAACACUGCAGGGUUUUAAAAAUAAUGGAAAUAAUUGUUAAGCCUGUUGUGACUGACUUUUGUUUAAGAAUCUAGAAAUGUACUGGCUGAAAGGUCGGAUGAAAUUUAGCUUUUUAGAAAACAAAACAAAAACUUACUUGAAAUGUUGAGUGGGUUUUAAACUCCAGCAGCAACACACACUUUAGCAGGCUAUCAGAUUCAGAAGAUUUUUUUUUCUUUUGAGAAAACCUAUCUUAAUCUUUAGCUGAACAUGUUUAUCUAUCAGGUUUAAAAAAAAUACCACACACAAAGAAAAGGCAACAUCCCAAGAAAGUAUUGUCCCCAAAAGUAAAACUAUAAAGUAGUGAUGGGGCAAUUAAAAUCUGGUGGGUAGAUUAAAUUCAUGUUUUGGUAAAUUCAUUAAAUUUAUAACUUGAAAUUAGAGACAAUGACCUCCUAAUGUUAAUAUUCCCUAAAACUAAGACAUUUCUUUAACCUGUUAUGUUUCGAUAAAUCUUAGUUACUUUUAGCACUUGUUGUCUUGAGGGCACUGAUUCAGAAAAGAACUAGGUAAGUGCUUCAUUUUAGCAUGAGUAAUCUCACUGAAGCCUAUAAGACUAGUAGCAUGCUUAAAAGUAAUGCAUGUGUUUACAUGCUUCUCUGAAUCAGGACUGAUUAUAAAACUGUAAUGAAUGUUUAAAUUUUGCUGUCUCUGACCUCUGGUCCCAGUAGAAAACAUAAUAUUUUUCUGCAGUGCCUAUUGUGUGCUCACUAUGGUCAGUCCCUUUUUAAAAGUUGGUUUGGAACUAAAGCAGGGAACCAAGCUGCUAUUAAAAUGGAAGUUUUGCAACUAACUUACUUUAAUUUUCUAAUUGAAGCAAAUAUGUAAUGGGUCAAAUUAUGCUGUAUUACAGCUGUCGAACCAUUACAUGAGUCUGAAGCAGCGUACUCGUUAUCUCUGGCUAGUCCUGAUUUCAACUGAUCUGAGCGCAGGAUUUGGCUUGCCUGUAGGAGGCAGUUCAGGAGGUUGCCUGUGAUGCUGCCUUUCAUCAUCGAGCUAAAACUUCUUGGUCUGCCUUGUAGUUGAAGGAUAUAAACAUAACAUGCUUUUAUUAAAAAAAAAAAAAACAAAAAAAAAAAAACCAAAGUUUUUUAAUCACUUUGAAACCCCACUCCCACCCUUGCUGCUAACUUUACGAUAAGACACACCAGUGACCUAGUUCUGCUUUCACACUGCAUGAAGUGAAACAAUACAAUUCAUGUCCCUGCUAUCUUUUCGUUUUAGCUGUAGAUCCAAGUGCAACAUUUGUAUUGUGCUGAUCUCAUGCACCUCUGUUCACUGUUCUUACCUACUAUGCUUUCUUCACUGAUAUUUGACAUUCUUAUCUAGUCAUCCUACAUUAGAAAUUCUGAUAUUGAGUAAGUGUGCCUGUGCUGUUGAACAAAAUGGUUUGUUUUCUAAUGUAAAAUUUCCAGCGCCUUAUUACAGUUACUAAUUUGAGCAGAUGUGGUAGAUGGGGUGAGGGUGUCAGCAUCUUUUUGUUUUUAAACUAUUCAGUUACUGGUUCAUGAAGAAUGCAUAGUUUGUUAAUCUGUGAUGUUGCUUAGAGCUGUAUUUAAUAUUGAUCUUAAUGUUUUUAUUUAUAAUAGUGUGGUAGAGUUGCAUAUCAUUACAGUAAAAACUGAUUACAGUAAAAACUGAUUACUGUAAUGAUUCAAUCAUAAACAUAUUAAAAAAAUUCUGUAUGA